AUGCACAUUGUUAGUGGCAUUGCCGUCACCCUGGGCCUUGCUGGUGCUGUGUCCGCAAACCUACACCCUCGCUCUCAAGAAACCCGUGACUUCUUCGCCCUCCACCUUGACGAUACCGUCGAUCCCUCCCACAUUGCACAGGUCCUGGGUGCACGCCACGAGGGCCAGAUUGGCCAACUGGAUGGCCACCAUACUUUCUCAUUACCGCGGGAAGAGACGGCUCAGUUUGAUACCUUGCUGAAUGAUUUACGGACCAGGCGAAAGCUCAGGCGGCGCUCCAACGAUGGAAUCGCUUCGCGCGAGACAAGUGACGAUCCCCUAGACAAGAUCCUAUGGUCGCAUAAGAUCGCUCCAGCAAGACAACGAUUGCAGAAACGACUUCCGCCAGUCUCCGUGCCGUAUAAAUCGCUGGACAAGAGAGAAAAUGCGCAGAUGGUUGCUUUCCGGAAGAACGCCAUGUCAUCUCUAGGGAUCACUGACCCGAUCUUCAAAGACCAAUGGCACCUCCUCAAUACAGUGCAACCUGGACACGAUCUCAAUGUGACGGGACUGUGGCUGGAGGGGAUAACUGGCAAGGGCGUUGCCACUGCAGUUGUCGACGAUGGGCUGGACAUGGAUAGCAACGAUCUCAAACCUAACUACUUCCCUGAGGGCUCCUGGGAUUUCAACGAGAACCUCCCGGAUCCCCGUCCUCUUCUAUUUGACGAUAAACAUGGUACUCGAUGCAGUGGCGAGAUCGCGGCGGCAAAGAACGAUGCUUGCGGAGUCGGUGUUGCGUAUGAUAGCAAGAUAGCCGGCGUCCGGAUGUUGUCUAAGCCUAUCGAUGAUGUCGAUGAAGCGGCAGCUAUCAACUUCGGCAACCAAAAGAAUGACAUAUAUUCAUGUUCAUGGGGCCCCAUCGACGAUGGAGCUACCAUGGAUGCGCCUGGAAUCUUGAUCAGGCGAUCCAUUACCAACGGUGUCCAAAAGGGCAGAGGGGGUAAAGGUUCGGUCUUUGUGUUUGCCGCCGGUAACGGUGCGGCCUCCGGCGACAACUGCAACUUCGACGGGUAUACCAACAGUAUCUACAGUAUUACAGUCGGCGCUAUUGACCGGGAAGGGAAACACCCGACUUACUCCGAGUCAUGCUCGGCCCAACUUGUGGUCGCAUACAGUAGCGGCUCCAAUGAUUAUAUUCACACCACUGAUGUGGGUGCUAACAAGUGCUUCUCUGGGCACGGUGGCACCUCUGCGUCGGGUCCGCUGGCUUCAGGGAGCGUGGCACUCGCGCUCAGCGUACGCCCGGAGCUGACCUGGCGUGAUGUGCAAUACCUGAUGGUAGAAACGGCGGUCCCGGUGAGCGAGGACGACGGUAGCUGGCAGAUCCUGCCUUCUGGUCGCAAGUUUAGCCAUGACUGGGGUUUUGGAAAGGUCGAUACAUAUACCAUGGUCCAGCUUGCUAAGACUUGGGACCUCGUGAAGCCACAAGCGUGGCUCAACUCGCCAUGGCUGAGAGUGCAUCAAGACAUUCCCCAGGGUGAUCAAGGUCUACUCAGUCGCUAUACAAUAACUGCUGAUCAAUUGAAAAGCGCCAACCUCGCCAGAUUGGAACAUGUCACUGUGACUAUGAAUGUCAACCACACACGCCGUGGUGAUAUCAGCGUUGAGCUGCGCAGCCCUGCUGGGAUCGUCAGCUACCUAAGUGUUUCCCGCCUAAAGGAUGAUGUGGCGGCUGGGUAUGAGGAUUGGACUUUCAUGUCUGUUGCUCAUUGGGGUGAAUCUCCUGUUGGCGAGUGGUCCAUCAUUGUAAAAGACUCCAAUGUCAAUGAAUUCUCUGGCGUAUUCAUUGAUUGGCGACUCAAUCUGUGGGGCGAGGCUAUCGAUGGAGCUAAGCAAAAACUUCACCCCCUACCCGACGAUCAUGAGGACGAUCAUCCCUACGAGGAUGCUGCUGUAGCUACAACUAGCAUUACUUCGGCUCCAACGAAGACCCAAGUCCCUACCAAUUCGGAUGACCACCACACCCGUCCUGUGAAUGCAAAGCCACAGCCCACAGCCACGAAGCCCACAGCCACGAAGCCCACAGCCACGAAGCCCACAGAGCCAGUUGAAGAUGAGAAGAAGCCCACCAAUACAACUGGUGGUGAAACCGAAACCCCCUCCCCUUCCUCCACGGACUCAGACUAUAUAUCCUCUUUCCUCCCCACUUUUGGUGCCUCGAAGCGUACGCAGAUUUGGAUUUAUUCUUCGUUGGCUAUGAUCAUUACCUUUUUCAUUGGAUUAGGUGUCUACUUCCAGCUUCAGAGAAUGAAGCGUCGUCGCACCACUCCUCAUGAUGACUACGAGUUUGAAAUGAUUGAGGAUGAGGAUGAGACACAGCCGAUGACUGGAGCACCUCGAACACAGCGUCGUGGCGGUGAACUGUAUAAUGCAUUCGCUGGAGAGAGUGACGAGGAGAUGUUCAGUGAAGAUGAUGAUGAGCCGUAUCGUGAUGGGUUGGCCAAUACCCAGGAAAAGGGCACCGAAGAUGGAACGUCCUAUAGUGGGCCCCAUCAGGAAAAACCUUAA